CGAAAAAGUAGGCCGGGUCCUGCCUGUGGGUCCUCAGAAAUUAUACGUACACUCUUUGAAACAGGAAAACAUAAUAUUUUUUCUGUGUAGCGGGCUGUAUCUGGAUAUUUCUUUAAAGAUGUUAUCGAUAUUUAAAACAAUCCCAACUCAUAUGGACUACAAGGGUCAGAAAUUAGCGGAACAAAUUUUUCAAGGGAUCAUUCUGGUGUCAGCGGUGAUUGGAUUCCUAUACGGUUUUAUCAUUGAACAGUUUGGAUGGACCGUGUACAUAGUUCUGGCAGGUUUCGCUGUUUCCUGCCUGCUUACCCUACCCCCCUGGCCCAUGUACCGCAAAACCCCCCUGAGCUGGCAACCCGCCCUACCCGAGUCAUCAGGAGAUAGCCGCGAGAAGCCGCCUCAAGAGAAUCUGAAGAAGAAGAAGCACAAGUAGCUUGUACAUGACAAUUUCGGUCUAUGCCGAGCGCUAGUUUUGUAGAUUUUCAAAAUGUGAGUCUUGAAAAGCAAAUAAUGUUGUGAAAGUGUGCCUAUACCGGUUUGUAUGCCAAAAUCAGACGCAGAUGUUGAAAUAAAAUAAAUCAGAUUUGUGACUUUA